AUGCCUUCUACACCGUCUCGACAAGCCCGUUAUGACUCCUCCGCUUACAAGCCUUCUUCUUCGGCAAGGAAGCCAUGUAGCUACGCUCCGGAGAAGAACACUCGUUCUAGAUUAAAAAAUGCUCCUGAGGCGUCUGACGAUUCGGAUAUCCAGAUAGCGCAACUCACCAAAUCCAUGACGCGAACCUUGAGUCUAUCAACUACGUCUCCGGCCAAAGACGAAGUCCGAGCCGCGUCUACAAACGAUGAAGUCAGGUUCCCAGCAGUAGCAAAGAACGCGAAAGUGACAUCUGGGGAGGUCGGAGCCACUUCAGAUCAGGUUAAUUCCUCAUCUGAGGCCCUUUCAAAACAUGAAGUCGAGGCCCUAUCCAAAAACGUGGAAGCAACUUCCGGUACUGGCGUAACUUUACUCAAUGCGGUCAAAUCUGACCCUGACAACGAUGUGAGUUUCGCUUCCAGUUCCUCAGGCAUAUCCAGAAUUCUCAUGAGACGGGAUAAAGAUCCGUGGAAGACUUAUUCAAGCCAUAACGUGUCCGCAAAGGACGCCAUCAAGCAGUACUAUGAGACCAACAGUCUCGCAAUCCCUCAACGCGUGCAAUCCAAGAGGGUGAUCCAGCUUUUGGAGGGUGGUUUGCUCAAGGUGCAAUGCCCGAUAUGUCGGAGACGUGUCAGCAGAAGCCCAGUCCGCAACAUACUCGCCAUUGAAGUACUUGAUGUUGUUGGUAACCUUGAGAGAUCGUGA